ACCGCAGUAUUGUCCCUAACAUGGCCCUGGCCGUGUGGAAUCCGAAGAUGAAACUUGGCCUAAUCCAGACUCUUGAAAUGAUGACGAUUAGGGCAAGACUCGGCGACCACCAUUACUAUCAGGGAGACGGUGCGCCAACGACCAACGGCUUUCUGUUUUGCUUGGUAAGCCAUCCCCUUACAGGCCAACCGGAAAUUGCACUGGUUGUGGAAAUUUCCCCACAGUGGAAAACGUUCGAGUUUAACUAUAAGCACGACAAACUACAUCACCACCUAUUAUACAAGUACCCGAAGUCUCCGGGUAGCACGGAAGCUGAAGUGAAGAGACAGUACAAUGACCAGGACCACGAGCUCGACUGUCCACUCUCGGACACCAAACUUGUUCCGGGUGUGCACAUACUGCGCCUUAAGAUAGACGACGACACUCAAACCGUACAGGUAUACGAAGCGAAAUGAGCUUACAUUAAAAAAAAUAGUAUUAACAGCCGUGUGUAGGACUAGUGCAGUUUGAGUAAAAUUCGGAGGGUCCGUGAAAGAUUGAAGCUGAAUGUUAUGAAGAAUGGUCGAACAAGAAUUGUCACUCUA